AUGUAUCAUUCGAUUCAUCUAGUCGAGUCCUACGAGGGGGGACACCAAUUCAUGUACGAUCGGAAAUUAGUCACAAUUUUUUCGGCACCUAAUUACUGCGGAACUGACGGGAACGCAGCAUCAGUUAUGAGAGUGUCCCGUCGACUGGAAGUCUCCUUUGUUACGCUGAAACCUCGUCUCGACACCAAUCGACUAACAGAGGAGAAACGUCUUCUACUUGAAAAGAUGGCAGCAGAUGCUAUGGCGAAAAGCCCUGAUCCAUGUGCUCGCCCUCCUCAAGAAAAAAUGAGCAACAUAAAUGAUGACUGCCUCAUUGGUCCAGUUGCGACCACGGAUCAGAAAGGACUAGAAAUUCAACAGAGAAAGCCAGAUGCGACUUUGAUGGGACCACUUGAUAGUUUCCAGUCAACAUCAGCGACGCCGAAAGCACCACUUGCUACAAAAGAUACACUAACUCCGACGCAAAGGAUCAUCGAUGCUCCAACUGCUGAAAGUUCUAAAAACAUCCCACCUUAUAAGUCCACGGGUCUCGAAACGAUAACUCCAAAAAAACGAGACACAACUCCAGCUCCUGCAGGGUUUCCUAUGACACCGACGAAGAGGACUGCGCAAGCAAAUGCCCCUGCUGCACCUCAAGGGAAAGACGUCCCAGAUUUAUCUAAGGCAAGCAUCCCAAAAUCAAGUACUUCAUCACCUUUCCAAGCUAGGGGCCAAGUGACUUCGUCAAUAGCAACAAAAAACGACAAAACUGCGUCUGGUACGACCUCUAAAUCAGCAUCGGGAACAACACUCCCAAAACGCCCAACUAUCGCUCUUCUAUACCCGUACAAAUCUGGCGAAGAUACUCAGGCAGGUAAUAAAAAAUCUUCAGCAGUGAAGCUCGCGACACCUAUUUCCUCCAAAGCGGCUGUGGAACCUAAUCAAUCAAAGGACAGUUCAAUAAACAAAUCGAGCGCACCUGUGGCAGGCCAUCAGGCUAACCCCGCCGAGCUAAGUCCCAUUUGGCCCGAUUCAGCGAAAAGCGGUGUAAAGAUUCCAGAGCACUCCUCUAAUUCUGCAAAAGCAUCACCUUCAGCGAAAGCGAAAAGUGUAGAAGAGGCGACAAGGACAGCAAUAGCGGCCUCGAGAACCCCUCCACAGCCUGAUCCGAUGAGUCAAAAGGAAAUUAUCGACGCAACGGAGAAAGCGCUCAAAAGUAACAAUCCACUGGAGCAGAAAAAGUAG